UUUGAAAGGGAAGCGAACGAAUGAGGAUUGCGCUCUCAACUUCGGCUCUCUUUUCUCCUCAUGGCACGUGAAUUAUUUCGAAAGGAAUCUCUAUGGUGAAAAAAGAAUUUCUCUAUCUGACCCUACCAUUGGUCUUCACAACAGUUGUUUGCGAGGAGUGCACUCUUCAUCAGUUGCAUGGAUGUCUGACAUCGCUGCAGUCGGUCACUCAAGGAAACGAUCUGGCAUUGGUCACAACACGAUUGCAACUUCAAGCUGUUUGUCGAACAUUGAAGGAUAGUGUGAGUUGCGUGGACGAUCACAUGAAGCAUUGCUUUACACCAACUCAGAGGCAAGUCUUUAAUCACGUUGUGGCUGGAGCUCGCCAGUUUCUGUUGGAACUCUGCGUCCCAGGAUCCAUACAAGACGCUUACUUGAAACACUCCCCUUGUUACAAGAAUGUGUCACUGUCUGAAGAAAAGUGUGCGCCUUUAUAUCGGCACUUAGUUCAACUCUCUGCUCAAGUUGACAAGAACAGAGAUGUGGACGAUCGUCUGCGGGAAUCUUGUUGUACUUUUAAUGAUUUUGUAGUCUGCAAGUACACCUAUGUAAGUCAAGAUUGUGGUCAAGACGCUGCUCGAUUUCUGCAACAGCACCUAGACCAAAUCUCCAGUCCUCUUAUCCAAGAACAUUGUGCACACUACACAUAUGGUGCAGAUUCUUGCACUUCAACAUCAUUCGCUCAAAGUCUAUUUGAACAAUCUUUUGCACUACUUUCUCUUCCAAUGAUAAUUGCGUUGAACAGACUCAAACCAACUCGGUAGUCAAGAACGACAUUUUUUAUUUUAUUUCAAGGACAAAACUUUCAGAAAUACUUUCUCACUCAAACUUUAGGUUUCUUUUCCCUUUUUAAGCACAAUAUAUUGAUUUAUUAUUGAAUUGAAAGAAAAGGAGAUGCAAGUAACAAUACAGCUUUUAUAAGUUGUUGUUUGAAGAAAUGGAAAGCAGAAAUGUCUAAUAAUUAAUUAUUCAGAGAAAAUGACUAUGUUCAUUUAAAUUUCGAUAUUAUAACUUAAGACUAUUUCUUCUGAUGUCAUUUUUAUUGUUGUUCACAAUCUAAAUCAGAAAUAAUUAAAAUUUAGUUUCAAUUUAUUCGCGCAGCAAAAAAAUCUAAACUAGAUUUUCAAAACUGUUUUAAUCUCAACAAAGCAUAAUCUCAGACGUAUACAAUAGUCGGAACCAUUUUAAUAGUAAAUGAGCUAUUUCAUAAACUUUUUUGACGUCUUAGAAACGUCAAAACGACGUUUUAGAAGAAUUAUUUAUACAGAGAAUUAGCUGUUCUGUUUUUUUUAUUUUUUGGAAACAACAUAUCAGAUAAUUAUACAGUGAAUUAGUUGUUCAAUGUAUACAUGAAUUAGUUGUACAAUUAAUUAGCUGCUAUAUUUACAACAUAACAGCUAAUAAUUCAACGAAGUAGUUGAUCUGUUAUGAAAUUUUGUUGCAACAUCAAAAAUUUACACAAAAAAAGUUUUAUUUUAUU